AUGCAGCUUGCUAAGAUCAUCCGCGGCAGCCGAUGCUUUUCGCCGCAGCUUGUCAGUUGGCUCUCGGGAUGCGCGUUUCUUAUUGCUCGUGCCUUUCUCGUGCUCGGAGAAGAGGAUUUGAACCACCGUCCGAAGAGGCGCUCGUUUCUCACUGCAUGGGCCCGCGCCUCUGGCGAGAGCUUCCGGCAGUCGAGCAUCCCGCACAACCGUCUCUUGUCCGUCUUGCUCAAGUCUGGGUGCUCCUGCAUGCGGCCGAACGAAUAUUCGUCGCCCCGGCAAGCUCUCGAUCACUCGAACCACCUUCUCGACCGGCAACUCCUUAUCCCCCGCAACACAUUGCAAGUACCGAUCGACCGUUUUCCCGACCCCACGAACCGAACCAAACAACGCCUCCCGUUCGGCACCUCCUCCCGCGGCCGCCGCCCGUUUCCUCCACCGCCUCAUGCCCGCAAAACCGAGACCACCAUCUCGGUAUCCGGGCCCGCGAGAAGAAAGUCGUCCGGGCCCGCCUCGUCCAGCUGGCGGGCCGAGAGCCGCACGAGCUCUUCUUGGGCCGCGCGGGAUUUGGGCCCGUUGUUGGACCUCGACAGGCCCAAUAGCCUCAUGAGGAACUUAAUCGAGACGGAACCUUUCUCGGCCGGGAUCAAAUUCACGGUCAUUUCGAGGAUUUUCUUCUUCUUAUUCAUUUUGGUCGGGUCGUCGAGGGGUUUUCGUUUUCGGGCCCGAGGAGAUGGCGGCACGCGUAGACGUGUAGGGCUUCGCCGGCGAGCUGUGGGAAGUGGUAAUUACGCGCUCGAAAGUGUCGGGCCCGAGGAGGGAAAUGUCUUCGGUCCACCAGUCUUUGGGGGCGGACGAGCGGCGGCGGGCCUCGUGGCCUGGACGGGUAUAGGUGUAGGACCAAGUGACCUAAAAGAGAGUGGUGGUUGA